AUGUCUAAAUUUUAAGAUGAAUAUACGAUUAAAAUAUAUGAGUCAUUUAUUUAUGAUAAUAAACUUUAUAUUGUUAUGGAAUAUUUUAAUGAAGGUUCUGUUUAAGAUUUGAUAAGAAAAAAUGGACCCUUAAGUGAAGAAUAUAUAUGCAUAAUUCUUAAAUAAGUUUUAAUAGCAUUAAAAUAUUUACAUGAUAAUAAUAAACUUCAUAGAGAUUUAAAAGCAUCAAAUAUUAUGCUUAAUAGAGAUGGUUCAAUAAAAUUAACUGAUUUUUCUUUAAGUUAAAAGUUUACAGACAUUUUAAGUAAAAAUAAAUAGCAUUUAACAAGCUUACCAUUUUGGUUAUCUCCAGAAACAAUAAAAUAUUCUAAAUAUGAUGCUAAAAGUGAUAUAUGGUCUGUUGCUAUAACAGCCUUAGAAAUGGCUUAUGGAAAACCUCCUUAUAGUGAUUUACCUUUGGGCAGUGCAAUAUUUUCUAUUACAAAUGAGGAAUUAUAAAUAGAUGAAGCUUUUUCUUCAUAAUUUAAAGAAUUCAUUAAAUUGUGCUUAAAUAAAGUAUCUUCUGAAAGGGCUUCAUGUGGAUCCUUAUUAUUAACAGAUUUUAUUUAAAGAGCUAAAAAAACUCAAUUUUUGACUGAGAUUUUUGAUCAAAUUAAUUAAGAAUAAGAAUGCUUAUACUAGUCUAUGAAAAAGGCUAUAAAAAGUAUUGAAAAACUUUCACCAGGGUUGACUAAAGAGAUAAUAAGUGGGAUUAUAAAUGAAUAUAAAAAAACAGGAGCAAGUGAUUUUUAGAUAUUCUUCGAUUGUUGA